GAUUUUCACUGCUUGCUUUCUUCAUCACCUCCCCACUCUCCUUCUCUCUGUAACGGCACACCUCCCCACUCUCCUUCUCUCUGUAACGGCAAACCUAACUUAUUUUAUACGUCAUUGACUCGCCUGAGUAUCCUUACGCUUGCUUUCACAGAUCAGAUCGAUUUUUUUUUUUGUAAUUCCUGGAGAUCCUAUGGAGAGUGAAACUGAUGAUUUUCAGUGCAUGGGUUCGUGGAUUCCAAUCACACCCAGUAAACCCUUGCAAGGCAGAUCAAGUGUGGUCGUAGAUGAGCAAGCCGGGAUCAGAAACACCGCCGGUUAUGUGGAGCCGGUCCAUGGAAACAACGGUCUCAUCAAGAGUGGCAGUUUUCAAGGUGGCUAUACUGAGUUUGAUGAAUCGGAUGACUUGUGGGCUUCCGGUCUGUCCUUCACAAGCCUGCUGAGUGGUGGAGAUAACUUGUUCCAGGUUCCUCAUCAAUAUGGAGCUCUGAAUUCACCACCAAGAAUAGAAGCAGAUGGGCCCAUCCGUGAAAGUUCUUUUCAACCUGUACCGUCAACCCCAAGUCUGUGCAGAACAGGUCAAGCGAAUGGAUUUCUGGAAUCUGACAAACGCACGCAGAGCUUUGUGGACCCGCCUGCUGUUAAACCGACGGAAGUUGCUGAACAAAAGGAUGACAGCAGAAAAAAUGAUCUGGGGUUUGAUCUUAACAAGACUCCGACGAAGAAACCCUCCACCAACAAGAAAAAGUACUUGCCUAAGGUGCUCAAGGAUGACAAACCUAAAAGGAAGGAGGAAAUUGUGAAGUCUAAAGAAACCGGGAGUGGCAAAAAGAAGAAAGCCCAAAAGACAAACUUGAAAGAGUCGGCAACUAAAAAUAAUGCUGGAGGCAAAAGUUGCAGAAAAGCUUUGAGUUUUGACUUGGAUAAAACUGGAGAUGCGAGGCAAGGUGACUACCAACCUCUAGUACCAUUUGGGAACCUGCAUGUGGAGAUUGGAGCUGACUACCAACCUCUUCUUCAAUUUAGUAACCUGCAUUUGGCGAGCGUAAAGCAGCACCGGCGGCCCUUAUUUUUGCAUACUUAUUUACUUGCUGGUGGUGGAAAUCGACAACCAAUUGAUGCGAGGCAAGAUAACUACCAACCUCUUGUUCCAUUUGGUAACCUGCAUUUGGCGAGUGGAAGUGAGCUUGUUAUGUCAACCGGAGGACAACAACAUGGCAAGAGACAGCAUGAAAAAGAAGAUGCCAUGGUCCCAUUUGUUGCUAAAAAACAGAAGCCUAGGCCUAAAGUGGACAUUGAUGCUGAAACGACUAAGUUAUGGAAUCUGUUGAUGGGGAAAGGAGAGAAAGAGCGACAUGAAGAGAUGGAUAAGGAAAAAGAGAAAUGGUGGGAAGAAGAGAGAAGAGUUUUAGAAAGGAGGGCCCAUUCAUUCAUCUCCAUUAUGCAUCUUGUACAAGGAGAUAGACGAUUUUCACCAUGGAAGGGCUCGGUGGUUGAUUCGGUCGUUGGAGUCUUCUUGACACAGAAUGUCUCCGAUCACCUUUCAAGCUCUGCUUUCAUGUCUCUAGCCUCAAGAUUCCCUCCAAAAUCAAGGAAGAAGGUAGAAACUGAAAGGAAUAGUAGAAGCGUUGUUGUUGUUGAAGAUCCUGAAGGAUUCAUUCUGAACUCAGAUGAGAUUCCUUCUGAUUGGAAAAAAGGACCGCCCAACCCUUCUAGCAGUUAUGAGUUAGAAGAUAUAGAGGACUUUGGAAUGCAAGGUGGAGGCAAAGGAAAGAAAAAAAAUGCACCUCGGAGACAAGGUGGAAAUGUUCCACGAAAAUUCAAAGGUCAGAAAAAAGCAUCAAAAGCUCAUGGAGUAGCAGGAAUGGGAUCGCCUAAGUCCUCAAGCCCCCACCAGGUGCAUCAGGGCGAUGCUCAACAUAAUCAACAGUUACUAAGUACAUUCACGGAUCUGCUUAACUCGUGUGACCUUCUAACCGGAGAUAGAACUGCUGAAGAUGUGGAUAUUACAAGUUUGCUAAACAUAAUGGGAGAAUCGAAUUCCAGUAGCAAAGAGCGUGAAUACAACGAAACUAAUCCUACUGUUGUACGAGAGAUGAAAGGGACGCUUAAUGAUGGGAAGAAGCCUACAAGCCAUUGGGACAGUCUCCGAAAGGAUGUGGUGGGGAAUGGAGAGAGAAAGGAACGAAGCGAAGACAGUAUGGAUUCCAUGGACUAUGAAGCAAUAAGACGUGCUAGUAUCCAAGAGAUCUCCGAGGCUAUCAAGGAAAGAGGAAUGAAUCACAUGUUGGCAGUACGGAUUAAGGAUUUCCUUGAGCGGAUAGUUAAAGACCAUGGUGCCGUUGACCUUGAAUGGCUAAGGGAAGUUCCUGCUGAUAAAGCUAAGGACUAUCUCUUGAGCAUAAGAGGACUUGGUUUAAAGAGUGUAGAGUGCGUGCGACUCUUAACACUCCACAACCUCGCUUUCCCUGUUGACACGAAUGUGGGAAGGAUAGCCGUUAGGCUGGGAUGGGUGCCUCUACAGACUCUACCUGAUUCACUUCAGUUACACCUCCUGGAGCUAUACCCAGUCCUCCAGUCCAUCCAGAAGUAUCUUUGGCCAAGGCUCUGCAAAAUGGAUCAAGCUACGCUGUAUGAGUUGCACUAUCAACUCAUCACAUUUGGAAAGGUGUUUUGCACCAAGAGUAAACCGAACUGUAACGCAUGCCCUAUGAGAGGACAAUGCAGACACUAUGCGAGUGCGUAUGCUAGUGCAAGACUUGCUUUGCCGGCACCAGACGAGAGGAGCUCAACCAGUGCAACUAUCCCGAAGUCAUUUCCUCCUGCAGCCAUCCCGAUGCUGGAACUAACUCCCCCUCUGGAGAAAGGCCUAACCAGGGAAGCACCAUCGAAUGGAGUUAACAGUGAGCCUCUUAUCGAGGAACCGGCCUCGCCGGAGCAAGAAUGCACUGAGUUAACCGAGAGUGACAUUGAACAUGCUUACUACAAUGAGGACCCUGACAGUGACAUUGAAGAUUCUUACUACAAUGAGGACCCUGACGAGAUCGAAACACUAGAACUCAACAUCAGACAGUUCACCGCGACGCUUAGGGAACACAUGGAGCGAAACAUGAAUCUUGAAGAAGGUGACAUGUCCAAAGCUUUGGUUGCUUUGAAUACUACCACUACUAUUCCAACUCCCAAACUAAAAAGCACGAGCCGCUUGAGAACCGAGUAUUUAGUGUAUGUGCUCCCCGAUACACAUCCCCUUGUGAAUAGGAUGGAUAAAAGAGACCCCCUUGACCCUAGUCCUUAUCUCCUUGCCAUUUGGACACCAGGUGAGGAGAAUUCAGCUCAGCCGUGCAGUAUGGAGGAGACAGUUAGGGGAACCAUUCUGGUACCUUGUCGCACUGCCACGGGCGGAAGAUUCCCGCUGAACGGGACGUACUUCCAAGUGAACGAGCUGUUUGCUGACCAUGCCUCUAGUCUCAGUCCUAUCGAGGUUCCUAGAUCUUUGCUGUGGGAUCUACCAAGGAAAACCGUAUUCUUUGGAACCUCAGUGACCUCUAUUUUCAGAGGUCUUUCAUUGGAGCGGAUAAAAUUUUGCUUUUGGGAAGGUUUCGUGUGUGUUCGAGGCUUUGAGUCGACUAGCAGAGCCCCUCGGCCUUUGAUGGCAAGGUUGCAUUUCAAGGCGAGCACCAAGAAAUAGGAAUUCACAUGCUUUUUGCUCUUUCUAAACAUUUUGUUCUUUUCUUUUGCUAGAACUUUUUUAGGAAUUCGCAUGCUUUUUGCUCUUUUUAAACAUUUUGUUCUUUUCUUUUGCUAGAAUUUUUUUUGUAAUUCGCAUGCUUUUUGCUCUUUCUAAACAUUUUGUUCUUUUCUUUUGCUAC